AUGUUCUCCGUCGUCAUCCCCGGUCGGCCGUGCCUGACGGACGUCGUCGCCGUCGACGGCCAACCAAACGGCCAACCAACCAAGUUUGCCUUCACAAUCCCGCUCAGCCCGGCCUUCACCGACAUCGUCGUCUUCUUCCUGCCGGGUACAAUCCUCCCACCAAACACCGGCGCCGCGAUCUACGUGCAACUCCCGGACCCGAACACCGGGAACCCAACCGACUUCCGGUUCAUCGGCGCGUUAGCCAACGAGAAGCCCUCCGGAAUCUUCAAGAUCCAGUCCCCAUCGCAAUUGAACAACGGCCAGCACCGCAGCGAAGCUGAAGAAGAAGAUGAGAUGCUCGACGAAGGCCCCAACAACUCCACCAGCGCCGCAGGCCCACUCAGCGGCGUCGCCACGCUAGGCAUUUCAAUCGAGCCGGCGCACAACAUCGCACCGCAGCUGUCAGCGUUGGAGCGUACCGAGCCUUCCACAUCCACCGCGCUGGUGCUCCAGAACCCUGAGCGCCGACAACAGAAGCAGAUUUCGACCAAGGUGCUAGCGCAGCGGAUUAUAGGCAGUGCGUUCAAUUUCCUCGCCAGCUUUGCCGAGAGCGACCCAACCAACAAGGGCCAUGAGGUGGUGCCAUUGAAGAGCUUCCGCGAUUGGUGGACCAAGUUCGAGCGACGCAUCGACAUGGAUCCCACGUUCCUGGAGCGCGAGGACCCGAAUGCGGUAUAA